AUGUCAACAGAGCUCAUUUGGAACGUCAUCGCCCCAACCAACGCCUACAAGAUCACCAGAUGUGGUGUUUCUUUCUCGUCCGAGCCAGGCAACCUCCGCAACAGACACUCGAUCAAGUACUCUGGUUUGGCCAGACGCAAGGUCAUUGACGUCUCCACCAACGCCAAGGGUGCCAUCGUCUUGUCUGCCAAGCGCACCAAGAAGGCCGCCAACCCAGCCACCGCUUUCGGCAAGGUCCAGUUGUCCAACAACUACAGAUCCUCCGCCAAGGCUGUCCGUUCCACCGCCUCUGGCUACGCCCCAGAGCUCCGUGCUGCUGCCCUCGGUCGUCUCCACCGUCUCAGAAAGACCGCCAACAAUGCUGCCCGCAUCCAGCGUGCUGCCGCCAAGAAGGCCGCCCCAGCCAACUAA